AUGGGCAGCGUGUCCGACUCUCCACCCACGCUGGCAAACUUCUCCCCGGACUAUAUAGCAUCCAACGAGGGCCCAGUGCUCGUGAGAACAUGCAUCGCACUCUCUGUCGUCUCGGCUCUCACCGUUGCCGUGCGGUUUGCCGUCCGAUGGCGUUCUGCCAUGGGACUCGGAUGGGAUGACUGGUUGAUACUGGCCGCGUUGCCGCAUCUGUUCUCGUUCGCCGCAAUGGCCAUCCUGUCUGUUGAAUAUGGCGGCGUCGGGAGGCACCUGGAUCUAACACUGACCCAGUACUUGUUUGUGUCCGAAUUCAACUACUUCACUCUCAUCGCCGUGAUCAAGGCCUCGAUCUUGGUCAUGUACUGCCGAAUAUUCCCGUCGCGCUUCAUGAAGAAGGGUGUCUGGGUGAUCGGCGUCUUCGUCGGGUGCAAACCUAUCGACAAGUUCUUCCGCCCUUUCAUGAAAGAGGGCAUGUGCUUAGACACAACCAAAUUGUUCGUCGGUAACUCCAUCAUCAACAUCAUCAGCGACAUCAUGAUCCUGGCCCUGCCUACACACGAGGUCUGGAGGCUGCAGGUCCCCAGGCCGCAGAAGUUGGCCAUCUGGGGUGUCUUCAUUCUCGGGUUUCUCCGCUUCGGCUCCGCUGUCGUCAUGACAUGCAUCCGCCUCAAGUCGCUUAUCAAUCUGGUCGAUGGACAGGCCGACUUUACGCCGUGGAUCUGGACCCUUGCCGAGCCCACCGUCGGUCUUGUGACGGCGAGUCUGCCGACAAUGCGGCCGCUGCUGCGCUUUGUGUUUGGAAUGACGUUCAGCGGCCGGCGACACCAUCCAAACGUCAACAGAAACCCCAACGCCGACGCCAACAACCGCGGUGACGAAGGUGCCAAAGGAAACAACACCAUCGUUACCAUCGGCGGUGGGUCUUUCAGUCGACGCGUCAGUCUUGGGCUGCUGCCUGGGAAGUUGAGAGCUCAAAAGCCACCCAAGCAAGCCAGCAAAAGCAGCUGCGGCAGCAGCAGCAGCAACAAUAGCGCGGCUGCCAAGGCCGCAGACGAUAUGGCGAGAAACCAAGACCAGAGACAGUAUGCGAACCGCGGGCCAUAUGACCGGCUCGACGAAGAAAGUCAGUUGUACGAUAUGACGCCCACAAACACCGCCCACACGGGGCGGUGGCCGACACCACUCGCCUCGAACCCUGCCGCUUCGGCUGCUGCCACCAACAACUACUUUCCAGCACCGGAGCCACCACGCUACGGCGGCGCCCAUGUGCAGACGGUCGUCUAUGGUGCGCGGAAGCCGAGCGUGGCAGCGAGCGACGAGAUUCCGCUGGACGGCAUUUCAGUGACCCACGACCUGCGGUGGGCCGAGAGCAGGGGGGAGUGA